AUGCAAAUACCAGAAUCAUGGCAGCAUAUCAACAAUAAGCUAUACAUUCGAGUGACUCCUGUUACUAUACCUAAAAAACGUGUACGGAAGGUGUGUGUCCAUCCAUAUCCAAUUGAUACUAUGGUCUCUAACGUGGAGAAGGAUUCCGUUAGCAAUGCUCUUUAUUUUCCAAUUACACGUUCAGAUUUUCAAAACGGCAGAAAAGCGUUUUGCCUUACCCAUACCAAGUUAAAACAAAAAACGCUCAAAGCGCACGGCCCUUUACGCAUUCUCAAUUCUAAUAAAACACAUCAGCCCGAUGCAUGGAAUAAAUUAGACAGCAAGAAGCUAAUAAAAAAGUAUGGGUUGCAAAAAUCACGACUUGUUUUUUCCCUAUUCCAGUACGUUGAUCAUAAUCUAAAUGCCGUAUCCAGUGUUUCGCCAGUUUCGUCAGAGGUGAUGUUUGGAACAAAUAACCAACAACGUAGUGCUGUUGAUGCGGCUGUUACGGCAACUGAUCAUGACAGAAAAUUAGUGAGUUGUGCGCCAGAAAAAGGUAAUAGGGCGGGAGGAGACAAGGUUUUCAUGGUCCUUCCUGAGCUUGAUACAACAGCAGUUGAAGCCCUUCGCAUAUGUUUUGAUUUUGCGUCAUUAAAUCAACACAUUAUAGUUCGGCACAAGUUGAUCGACUCGAAGACGAUUGAGUUUUACACACCGGCAUGUUUGUUGAUACCAAGUGAUCAAGACCAAAUGGUUCCAAUUAUUGCAAUACAGAACGAUAAAAUCAUCGGAAGAUUUGAUUUUGUCUAUCAAUCAUCAACCAUUCAGCCAACAGCAGAUGCGCGUUUAAUCAAUCUAUUAAAUACGUCCUUUGAUGACGUUUUUCCAACUACGAGUAACGGUCCACAUGAUAUUGAUUUUGGAGAAAUAGUUUCUGGCCUAGCGGAUUAUUCAGGAUAA